AGGUGGUCGCGAGGCCGUGCAGCUCGGUGGCCCGUGAGGAGUGUUGGCUGCGAGUCCCACCGAGCCCCGUAGGGUGGAGGUUCGUCGCGGCUUAACGGUGAACUUUACUCUCGAGUGUUACCCGGACGAUGUGAGCAAAAUGGCUGAAACAAGCUCAGACUGGGUGGAGAUCCUGGAGCCACGCUCCCGGGAACGCAUGUACGUCAACCUGGCCACGGGGGAGUGCGGCUGGGAGCCCCCACCCGGUGUGGCUGUGCGCCAGUCUGAUGGCAGCCAGUGGUGGGAGCUCUUUGAUAGCAACAACAGCCGGUUCUACUACUAUAAUGCAGACAGCCAGCAGACUGUGUGGCACCGACCCCAAAACUGCGACAUUGUGCCACUAGCCCAGCUGCAGGCCAUGAAGAGGAGCUCUGAAUCUGAGUUCCGGAGCCAUGGCAAGGUGCGGGCAACAAGCCGCACACCGCUUCCCGGGGCCUACCCCACACCCCCUCCCCAGGACACAGAAAGCAGUGGGAGGGACACACCAGCCAAAGGCCACGGUGACAGCCUGGACCACAGAAAGGAUGCAGCAAGGGACUCAGCUCAAAGAUGGCAGCCAGCUCCGGGUUCCAAGGCAGCCAUGUUGGUGAAGGUCAACAGCAUUGGUAGGAACCAGACUUCAGGACCCGUUAGCGCUCUACAGCUCCUCCAUCACAGCAACAGCACAGUAAGCUCCACCGGCAGUAAUCCAGUAGGCAGCUACACCUACCGUCCUGACAGAGGUGCUACACCCGGCAAGAUGUCAUCAUCCGGGGACUCUAAGCAGGCGCUGCACCUGAAGAAGGCAGACAAUGGCAACUUCUGCUUGGUGAUGCCUGGCAGCAGUAGCUCUCCUUCUCCUACCUACCAGACACAUCAUAGGUCACAGGCUGGGACUCCACGACCAGCAUCGCCUGCGUAUGGAGCAACCCCUCCUAUCUAUGACGAGCCCCCAAUCGAGUCGCCCAUCUACGAUGAGCCCCCGGUAGAGAUGGAAGUGGAGGGGGUGCACCUGUUGAAUAGGACCCAGCCAGCCCACUUAAGCCCCAUCCACAGCCUACAGAAGCCUGUGCCACAACAACCUAAGCUUCUUCAUCACCCUGCUGCUCACCUGGGCUCCAAACACAAGAGGAACCCCUCUGCCACGGAGUACAGCCCUGCGGGUAGGGAGUGUAUCAAGCACAUGGUCAAUGUGGACCCAAGUUCCAGCAAGCAAGUCCCAUUAUCACCAGGCCAGGCCUCACAGCCUGAGAGCCCAUUGACCAAGGGACCUCAGAAGGAGGUUACACUAGAGAAGAAACAGUCCUGGAGGAUCUUGGAGGCCAACAUUGUAAAGAACAUUGAAGCACGCCACAGCAGGCAGAACAGCCUAGUAUCUCAGGAGUACCCAGCAGCUGCAACGGUCACAUACCAGGACUCGGGCUACUCCACAGGCCCAUCUCCCAGCUUGCGCCGCAAGAACCGGCGGAGGCAGCUAGCAGGACAGGGCAGGCCUGGCUCGGUGGGCAGUAGUGGCGAGCUCAAUGCCCUCAAUGAAAAGCUGAUGGCAGAGAUGAGGGCAGUUGUGAGCCGCUCCAACACGAUGCGUGGCAGCAAGGCCAGCCUGGACACAGAGAUGUCUGAGAACUCAAUUCCCCGCACAUGCUCUCCACUGGACUCCCUUAAGAAGUACAGUGGACGUGGCAGUGGAUCACGGGAAGAUGUUAACUCCAGCAAUUGCUCACUGUACAGGGCUGGGACCACAAGCCAUGGUGACAUGUCUAUCUCCCCACUGGCCUCCGAAGGCAUGAGUCGACAGAAGCGUACCUAUGAGAAGGUGGACUCCAUGGAGAAAAGCAUAACGAGCCAGAUGAGCUUGUCUACCCCAGAGGCACCCAGGUCACCUUCUCAGGGUGGAACACUGGACUCCAAGGGCCAGCUGGAACAUGGAUCACAAGGGGGUGACAGUGGACACCGAGGCACCCUGAGUUCCCACCAAGGGGUCACGGGCGAAGGAGGCAGGGGUAGAGGGGGAGGCUACCAGUACCCCUACUCCACGCUAUGCAAACCGCCAGCUGAUGCCAACAUGGUAGACUGGGCCAGUAAGAACCUGAACAUGCAUACUCAAGGGCUGUUUCGGCGCCGUGUUUCCAUUGCCAACAUGCUCUCCUGGAACCGGGGUUCUAUCAAGAAGCCUAUGCUCAUUACCAGUGACCGUGCCGUCAAGAAGGAAGCCUGUGAGAUGUUCAAGCUGGUGCAGGUCUACAUGGGCGACAGGGCAGCCCGCCUGGAGCGGCGCCACGUGGCGCUGCUAAUCAUCACAAAGUGCUGGAGUAUGCAAGGGCUACGUGAUGAGCUCUAUGUUCAGCUUGUGCGCCAGACCACAGACAACCUGUGCCUGCACAGCCUGGCAGCUGGCUGGGAGCUCAUGGCAAUCAGCCUGGCCUUCUUCUCACCUUCACCCAAGUUCCGCCGCUACUUGGAGGGUUAUAUUCAGAGGCAUCUGGAACCGGGCAACGACAAGAAAAUAAUGCAGCACAUAAUGGAGCAACAGGACCUGAAGAACAAGAAGAAUUCAAAGUCGAGAAAGAAGAGAAAACAGAACAACGAAGAGGAAGAAGGUCUGCCCAUUAGCACAUAUGCAAAGUACUGCUACCGCAAACUGCAGAAGGUGGCCGUCACCGGGGGCAAAAAGGGUCUCCGCAAGCCCACCCUGGAGGAGAUCGACCAUGGACGAAACGCCAUUGUGACCCCCUCGCUGUUUGGUAGUGCACUAGAGGAAAUCAUGGAGCGCCAGCAUGAACUCUUCCCUGAUAGGAAGCUGCCAUGGGUACAGGUGCAGCUGUCGCAGUAUGUGUUGGCGCUAGGUGGAGCACAGACUGAGGGCAUCUUCCGAGUGCCCGGAGACAUUGAUGAGGUCAAUGCACUGAAACUGCAGGUGGAUCAGUGGAAAAUCCCAGAAAAUCUCUCCGAUCCAAAUGUCCCAGCCUCACUGCUGAAAUUGUGGUACCGGGAGCUGGAGGAACCCGUCAUCCCUCAAAGUUUCUACAAGCAGUGCAUCAGCAAUUAUGAGGACCCCGAGGCAGCCAUCAGUGUAGUGCAGUCCCUACCUGAACUGAACCGCUUGGUCCUUUGCUACUUCAUCCACUUCCUACAGGUAUUUGCCCAGCCUGUCAAUGUGAGCAAAACGAAAAUGGAUGUGAACAAUUUGGCUAUGGUGAUGGCCCCCAACUGCCUGCGCUGCCAGUCGGAUGACCCACGGGUUAUCUUUGAGAACACACGCAAGGAGAUGUCCUUCCUUCGCAUGCUCAUUGUGCACCUGGACACCAGCUUUGUGAAGGGCCUCAUGUGAGAGAACAUCGCCCCCAACCCCGGCCCUCUGUCAACCUUUCUCACUCAACAUCACCUGCCCAUCAGUCUGCACAGUCAACGUCUCGUCUAUCAACUUCCACAACAUCCUAAGGAUAAGGCCUAUUUACUUUGCUUUAAUCAUUAAUGUUAUUUCACUUUGUAAGGUUUCAGGUCUUUUCCUAGCUGCCCUUUUUUGGCUGGGAAUCUCCCUGCUGGAAAGUGCAUUUGGCCUUAGAAAUCAUCUCCCAGAGUUUUACUCAAAACACUGGAAUUGUCCUGUCUAAAUUCACCACAUGUAUCUAGAAGGAGAUGCAAACAAAAGUUGGCGACUCGUGUUUUUUGACUGCAUCACAGGACAUUUUGGAUGGGGAGACGUUCACUCGUCAUUUGUGAUGACAGAUCACAGAGACGGUCAGAAUUAAUCUUUUGUUAAUUUACUGUUAAGGAAUGCAUAUGCAAUCAUUUCUGUGUGAUGUAGUUGAACUCUGGCUUGGUUUAAUUGUAUUUACUUUGACUGCUGAGCUGACAGACUUACGUUGAUGUCAUGACCUCAAGGUUUCCAACCACAGCGAAUCACUGAGAGGUGUCCUAACCUGGCCCCACAGCCUUCUGGGAAACCUUAUUUAUUUUCAGCCAUUGUAGAUUCAACAAAAGACCUACAAUGCCUAUGGCUAGGAUCUUCCAACUGUCUGACUUGGCUAGGUUUGUGACCCGACAGUGCAACUGUGUGUGUGUGUGUGUGUGUGUGUGUGUGUGUGUGCACGCGCACUCACCCACACGCAUGAGACAGAGAAGCUACAUGUGCACACAGACAUGCAGUGGGAACUUUCAGCUGCUUUAUUGUUGAUUACAAAAGAAAUAUUCUGGGGCAGAGAGUGCUGCCUAGAGGUUUUAAAUGUACAUUCUAGGGCCCUUAUGUGCAAAGAGCACAAAGGAAAACACUUGGGAGGUAGUAAAACUAUUAAUUUUGGAAGUGUGGCAGUCUCUGGGUAGGAAUGCAAAAUGAUGAG